GUUGGAGCAUUCGUUUGUAUUUGUCAACAAAAAAUUUAAAGCGAAAUGGAAGUUGCUCAAGGAAACAAUCUUCCUAUCAAUCUUCUUCAAUACGAUUUGAAUCAAGAAGGUGCCCGAAAUGAGCUAUUGCAAGGUAAUCGUCCAGCUGAAGAAACUCUACCCGUAGAGAAUACGAAAGAAGCUGUGAAGCCAGCAGGGAAUCCAGAUAAGAUGGAACCCCAGCAACUGCAGGCAAAUGUCCUGGCACAACGAAAUAUAUCCAAUUCGGGUGGCGGAGAUGCCGAAGUGUUCACUGCGAUACCUACUGAGGUAAAAAUGCGCCCCAAAAUAGAUCACAUGGCACCCUAUCUGUGCAAUGAGUGUCAUCAGUAUGUGGUCGAAGGGGUCAUCCCCAUCUGUGGCCAUCUAUUUUGCUGGACAUGCCUGUGGCCUAAGCUAAAGGAAGCGAGUUCUCCUGAAUGCCCACGUUGCAAGCAUCGCUUGAUACUGCACGAAGAUAUCUUUCCCUUGUACGGCGAGGGACCCAAUGCCAACUUGGAUGUUAGCAAUGAGGCGGAACAGCCUGAUUCAGUUCCUCGUCCCAGUGGCUUGUAUCUCACCGAUUCCAAAGUUCCCAGGUGGUUCAGGGUAAACGAUCCCAAAGGUGAUCGCCAUCGGGCAUACCAUCAGGUGAAUAGUGAGAGGGAUUUUUACUCUAUAAUGGAUCAACUGCCUGUGCGGCAUCCUUGGAUCGCGAUGCAAGUGGAAUUUCUCAGGAGGUUCCAAAUCGGAUGUGCCAUCCUCCUCUACGUGAUGUGGCUCACAUUCUCACUGACCUAAGUGGUAGCUGUUGUAUGUUUUUAAUUUUUCUUAAUUUUGUUUGUUUUUAUUUGGUGACCAAGAGAAAGGGCUAGCGCUGGCAGUCCUACAAUAAAUUUUUUGUGAGUGUAAAUAAUAA